GACAGAACUGUCAACUACCACUUUUAGACACAAAUUAUAUCACGUGUCACUUCGGUCUUUGUGGGUCCAGGAGUACACUUUCAGUCUUUCACCGCUUCCCACCAUGGAUGAUGAUGAUGCCGACUAUAUGCAGGGAAGCGAUGAUGAAGACUACGGCUUUGACUAUUCCGAUGGAGACGACGCCGACGAGUCAGGCAGCGCAGAUGUCGAAAACAUGUACUAUAAAGCAAAAUCGAAGAAGGAAGAAAAUCCAGAAUUAGCACUGAAGGAGUUUAAGGCCAUUGUGGAUCAGGAGACGGAGCAAGGCGAUUGGGGAUUCAAAGCGCUCAAACAGUCGACAAAGCUCCUUUUUCUCACAUUACGUCGCCCCAACGAUGCCCUCCAGACAUACACGCAGUUACUGACCUAUACCAAAUCCGCUGUUACACGCAACUACUCAGAGAAGACAAUUAAUGGUAUACUGGACUAUGUCGGUGGUGGUAAAGGCGGACCUGUUGAAGUGGAUAUCUUGGAAAAGUUCUAUCAAGCCACCAAAAAGGCUCUGGUAGACGCCAAAAACGAGCGUCUGUCAGCAAAGACGAAUCUGAAACUUGCAAAACUAUGGCUUGAUAGGAAAGAGUACAACCGCUUGUCCAGGCUCAUUCGCGAUCUACAUAUCGCAACCGGUAGCGGCGACGGCGAGGAUCAGUCUCAGCGCGGCACUCAAUUGCUUGAAAUCUACGCGCUUGAGAUCCAAAUGUACAAUGAAACGCGCAACUUUAAGAAACUGAAGGAAAUCUACAAUGCUACUAACAAUGUACGUUCUGCGAUCCCCCAUCCCCGUAUCAUGGGUGUUAUCAAGGAAUGCGGUGGGAAGAUGUGGAUGGGAGAGCGACAAUGGAAUCGAGCCAGUGAAGAUUUCUUUGAGUCAUUCCGAAAUUACGAUGAGGCCGGAUCUCCUCAAAGGAUACAAGUUCUUAAGUAUCUUGUGCUAGCCAAUAUGUUAACGGGCAGUGAAGUCAACCCAUUCGAUAGUCAGGAGACGAAGCCAUACAAGAGCGAUCCCCAGAUCAAAGCAAUGACUGACUUGGUAGAUGCCUACCAGCGACGUGAAGUUCAUUCGGCGGAGAAGAUUCUCCGAGAUAACCGUUCAACAAUCAUGGAAGACUCAUUCAUCCGAUCAUAUAUUGGCGAGCUACUGCGUAGCUUGCGUACUCAGUAUUUGAUUGACCUCAUCAAACCCUAUACGCGUCUAGAGCUGUCAUUCCUGGCCAAGCAACUGAAUGUCGACACUCAAGAAGUUGAAGAAUUGCUCAUCGGUCUGAUUCUUGAAGGUAAAGUUGAAGGUCGAAUUGAUCAAGUUGGGAUGCGACUCGAAUUGGACCGAAAGCAAAGUCUAGAGAAGAAGCGUUACACGGCCCUGAAACAGUGGACGGAGACCAUCGAGUCGGUACACAACGCUGUCAUAGGGAAGACUAGCACAGGUAGUAGAGGUGACCUGGGACCUGAUCCAAUGACUAUUCGAGAUGAUCGAUGGUGAUUCUGUGUCUAGUGACUCUUCCGUUCUGUACUUUCUAGCAAACUUUUCGCUCCUAAACCUCGCCAAUGUAUAACAUGACACUUCCCUUGAAUAGCAUGAGCAGUGCGAAACAGAAAUGGUGGUAAUGUCAGACACACCUAAAGUGGCCGAGGGAAAGGC